AUGAUUUCUCAACGGUCAGAAGAAUCUAUACAGGGCGAAAAGGAGGACGUCGAAGGGGUUAGCGCAGCUGAUCUCCCACCUUUCCACCUUCAGCUCGAUACUGGUAAGACGUAUACCAAAUUUCGUCAACAAUGGUGGCAGUUGUGGUUACCUCAGGACCCGCCAUCACCAGCUCCCCCGUCUCUGGAGGAUGCAGCACUGACGCCUUUAGUCAAUGCGUCCAUUUUUUCUCAGCUCACAUAUUCUUGGGUAACCGAUAUAAUGGUUCUUGGAUAUCAACGCACAUUACAAGCGUCUGAUCUAUACAAACUGGACAUAUCCAAAGAGUCAGCCGUCCUUGCUGCCAAACUUGAAGCUGCAUGGCAGUGGCGUGUUAGGGCAGCAGCCGACUGGAACGCACGUCUCGAGAGUGGAGAACUCAGGCCAUCUCUCUUCAAGCGUAUCGGCUGGGCCUUGAGUGCAGUUUCUGGGGGAAAAGGCACGAAUUGGUCUGAGCGACGUGCAGCGUUUCAAAAACACUGGCAAGAAUCCGCAGGGCGGAAAGAGGCUAGCCUUACUUGGUCCUUGAACGAAGUCUUUCUCAGGAUGUUCUGGAUAGGAGGUGCAUUCAAGGCAUCAACCUGUGUUUGGACGUCGCAACCUCUAAUGUUUAUUCUUCCCCUGCAGCAAAUCAUCGUUUUUGCGGAAGAGCGUUCCGCUGCAAUCAUUGCAGGAGAACCUGUCCCUAAUAUCGGUCGCGGGAUCGCCAUGGCUGCUGGGCUCUUUGCGCUUACCUUGACGGCCAGCAUCUGCAACCACCAGUACUUUUGGCGUUCAAUGUCAACAGGCGUACUGGCUAGAGCCGCACUGAUAACAUGUAUUUACGAGCGCGGAGUGAACCUCACAGGCAAAGCGCGUGUCAAACUUACCAAUGCCGCGCUGCUCAAUCAUAUCUCGACAGACGUGAGCAGGAUUCAUGAGGCUGCUCAGUGGGUUGUGACCUGGACCACGCCUAUCCAAACAAUAGCUUGUUUAACCAUUCUCUUAAUCCAGCUCGGGCCGUCUGCGCUCGCUGGUUUCUUGCUAUUUGCCCUCAUGAUUCCCCUUCAACGGUGGACAAUGGCACUGCAGCACCGUAUGCGCUUAGGGUCAAUGAAAUGGACCGAUCAACGAGCCAAGGUCUUCCUAGAGGUACUCGGGGCUAUACGCGUUGUCAAGUACUUUUCAUACGAGAUCCCAUUCCUUGAAAAAAUACUUGAGCUUCGAAAGAAGGAAUUGCAUGGCAUCCGGUGGAUUCUUCAUGCGAAUUCGGCGAACUUGGCGCUCGCUUCUUCUGUCCCAGUCCUCGCUGCUACGCUAGCUUUCGUCACGUAUACCCUUACAGCACAUGACUUUAACGUUGCCAUCAUAUUCAGCUCGUUGAGCGUGUUCCAGCUUCUCCGGCAACCAAUGCUCCUCAUGCCUCGCGCUCUAUCGGUUAUCCCUGAUGCAUCCAGCGCGAUUCAGCGGCUUACGCACGUGUUCCGUGCAGAGCUUCUUUCUAGAGAUACAUUUGUAAUCGACAAGGACCAAGAACCUGCGCUUCUGGUAAAGGAUGCGACGUUUGAAUGGGAGUCGUCCGCGAAAAAUUCUGAUGGUGCUUUGGGCUCGAAGAAUCGCGCACCCGGCGACGACAGUCCACCGAAGGGCAAGGACAAAGGCGUGAAGGAGGACGUGGCGAAGGUAAAGCCCGCUCCUGGAAAGGAAGCACCUCUCUUUAAGAUAAAUAAUGUGACUAUGACCAUCCAACGAGGCCAGCUCGUCGCUAUUGUUGGGCCUGUCGGAAGCGGCAAGUCCAGUUUAUUGCAAGGUCUAAUAGGAGAGAUGAAGAAGGUCUCCGGGCAUGUCUCGUUUGGCGGGCGCAUUGGUUAUUGUCCGCAGACCGCGUGGAUUCAAAAUGCUACAUUGCGUGAUAAUAUCACUUUUGGCCAGCGUUUCGAAGAAGACAGAUACUGGCGCGUUGUUGAAGUGGCUUGUCUACUUCCUGAUCUCCAAAUGCUCCCAGAUGGAGAUUUGACUGAGAUCGGAGAAAAGGGGAUCAAUCUCAGUGGUGGCCAAAAGCAGAGAGUCAACCUUGCCCGUGCUCUGUACUUUGACCCUGAAGUUGCUAUCCUUGAUGAUCCGCUCUCAGCAGUGGAUGCCCACGUUGGAAAAUCUUUAUUUCAUGAUGCCAUCGUGGGUGCCCUGCGAAAUCGUGGCAUCACCGUCAUUCUGGUCACACAUGCGAUUCAUUUCCUCUCUGAGGCAGAUUAUAUCUAUACCCUUAAAAACGGCGAAAUUGCAGAGCGCGGGACCUACGAAGAAUUAAUCUCUCGCGGUGGAGACUUUGCGCGUUUGGACUUGGAGUUCGGUGGUCAUGUGUCGGAGCAGAAUGAUGAAGGUCAGGCGGAGGAAGCCACUCUGCAAACAAGCAUUACUAUCGAGGAUGUGAAGUUGAAGUCGGAACAAGUCAGAGAAAAGGUUACUGGCAACGGCAAACUCGAAGGUCGCUUGAUCGCCAAAGAGAGGCGGUCGACAGGCUCUGUGCCCUGGGGAGUGUACUGGACCUAUUUGGUUGCAGGACGCGCUUCAAUAACAGGUCCCCUACUUCUUUUCUUCGUGGUUGCGAUGCAAGGAAGCCUUAUCUUGAACUCGUACGUGCUGGUUUGGUGGCAGAGCAAUAAAUUUGAGCGACCAAACUCGUUCUAUCAGACGCUAUAUGGGUGUCUAGGGGUUGCUCAAGCGAUCUUCACAUUCUUCCUUUGUAUCGGAAUGGACAUCAUUUCUCAUUAUGUGUCUCAAAACCUGCACCACAAGUCCAUAUUUAAGGUCUUUCAUGCACCAUUGUCCUUCUUCGACACUACACCUAUAGGCCGAAUCUUGAGCAUUUUUGGCAAAGAUGUUGAUAGUAUUGAUAAUCAAUUACCAUAUCCAGUUGUCUAUAUGCUGUCCAGCUUUAUGGCCUCUAUCAUGAUCAUCUCUGUCCUUGAACCAUACUUUGUUAUUGUGGUGUUCUUCAUCGUUCUUGGUUAUAGCUACUUCGCCGCGUUCUAUCGAGCCAGUGCUCGUGAGGUUAAACGCCUGGGCGCUAUGCUUCGCUCUCUUCUAUAUGCCCAUUUUUCGGAGACUUUGACAGGACUUCCUACUAUCCGAAGCUACGGAGAAAUGAAGCGAUUUAUUGCCGCCAAUAGAUACUACGUUGAUCUGGAGGACAGAGCUCUAUACCUCACGAUUACAAACCAGAGAUGGCUUGCAGUAAGGUUGGACAUCAUGGGAAGCAUAUUAGUUUUCAUUGUUGCUCUUCUCGCGGUGAUGGACAUCUCCGGGAUAAACGCAGCCCAGAUAGGGUUGAUGCUAACAUAUACCACCUUCCUGUCACAAACGUGUAGUCAGUUAACCAAACUAGCAGCAGAUGUUGAGAACUAUAUGAAUUCAGUGGAACGAUUGGUGCAGUAUGUCGCAAGCGACACGAUGCCUCAAGAAGCUCCGCAUGAGAUUGAAGAACGAAAGCCCCUAGCGCAAUGGCCUGAACAUGGUGCGGUCGAAUUCAACAACGUUAAAAUGGCAUAUCGGCCAGGCCUUCCCAGUGUAUUGAGGGGAAUCUCGUUCAAGGUCAGGGGAGGCGAAAAGAUAGGUGUUGUGGGAAGGACUGGUGCUGGCAAAUCUUCGUUGAUGCUCGCAUUGUUUCGAAUUGUUGAGUUGUCUGGCGGUUCAAUCACCAUUGAUGGCGUCGAUAUAUCUACAAUUGGUCUUAAAGAUCUCCGCUCCAAGAUUUCUAUUAUCCCACAAGAUCCUCUUUUAUUUAGCGGGACCAUGCGCUCCAACCUGGAUCCAUUUUCCCAACACAGCGACGCGGAACUGUGGGGUGCGCUGCAACGAUCUUGUCUGUUUGAUCCUAGCAUCACUUCGGAACAGUCAUCCUUCAUCGAUGGCGCCAAUCGCUACAGUCUUGACAGCACCAUUGACAGCGAGGGAGCGAAUCUCAGUGUUGGGGAGAGAUCUCUACUCAGUCUAGCUCGUGCACUGGUGAAAGACUCCAAGGUUGUUGUGCUUGAUGAGGCCACAGCCUCUGUCGAUCUUGAUACUGAUAACAAGAUCCAGCACACAAUCCAAACCGAAUUUCGGGAUCGCACGCUACUUUGUAUUGCCCACCGACUUCGAACUAUCAUUUCAUAUGACCGGAUUCUGGUCCUUGAUGCUGGCCUUGUUGUAGAAUUUGACACACCAUCCAAUCUCUUCAAGGUGGAGGGUGGACUUUUCCGCAGAAUGUGUGAGAGGAGUAAUAUUUUAUUGAAAGAUAUAGAGACGAGUGGAGGGGUUUGA